UCUCGCCGAGUGCGACUCGCUUGGGCCCUAUCGACGACACUACCGGUCAGAAAACACUGUCUCUCGCGGGCAGAAAUGGUCCUUUCUGCGUUCUGAGGAGAAUUGUCACCCUUGAGGCCACCGAUACCGGCUAUCGUUUGUCGCGUGUUGUGCGAAGACUGCGGAAGCGAACAGAUUCGCCUGCGCAGAGCAUUACCAAGCGGCUCUCGCAACACUGCGCUUGUAUAUUAUUCUUUGCCAUCUCCACUUUCUUUCCCAUAGAAUCGCAUUGUGUUGCCCGCUAUAGCAGGAACUCCGCCAUGCUGCGACCAGCUCUUCGUUCAGCGUGCAGACAGUGCCGAGCAGCUCGGCAGCUUCGAUCCCCAGCACACCUACGAGCGUUCAGUUCAAUACCUCAGCGUAUGUCAAGCUCCAUACUCAAGGCUCCCGAGCCUCCAGUUUCUUCAGCUUUGCCAGCAGAUGCUUUCCAGCUGUUACCGGAAGCGUCCAAAGCCGGCGAAGCUGAAGAUGCCUUGUUCAAUGAGCAGGUCAAGGCCGUUAAAGAGUGGUGGGCAACACCCAGAUUCAAGGACAUCAAACGCCCUUACACAGCCGAAGACGUCGUCUUGCGGCGAGGCACCCUACAACAGUCGUACCCGAGCUCGUUGAUGGCUAGGAAGCUCUUUAACAUCUUCGAGGAGAGGGCCAAAGAAGGAAAGCCAGUGCACACGAUGGGUGUUGUUGAUCCCGUACAGAUGACCCAACAAAGCCCGAACCAAGAGGUCAUGUACAUCUCUGGAUGGGCUUGCAGUUCACUCCUCACUACCACGAACGAGGUCAGCGCGGACUUCGGCGACUACCCUUAUAACACCGUUCCAAAUCAAGUCCAGAGAAUAUUUAAGGCACAACAGCUUCACGAUAGAAGGCAGUGGGACAUCAGACGUAAAAUGAGUCCUGAGGAAAGAAAGGCCACGCCAUAUGUUGACUAUCUGAGGCCAAUCGUUGCAGAUGGAGAUACUGGUCACGGCGGUCUCUCGGCUGUCUUCAAGCUUGCCAAGCUAUUCGCAGAGAACGGUGCCGCAGCCGUGCAUUUUGAAGAUCAGUUACAUGGCGGCAAAAAAUGUGGUCACCUUGCCGGCAAAGUCCUUGUUCCAGUUGGCGAACACAUCAACCGUCUUGUUGCAACAAGGUACCAGUGGGACCUCAUGGGCACCGAGAACCUCGUGAUUGCACGAACCGAUUCCGAAAGCGGCAAAUUGCUCAGCAGCGCGGUUGACGUCCGCGAUCAUGAAUUUAUCAAAGGUGUCACCGAGGAUGUUGAGCCGCUUGCAGAAGUGCUGCAGCGUAUGGAAAUGGAAGGUGCUUCGGGCCCAGAGAUUGACAAGUUUGAGGCUGCGUGGGUAAAACAACACAAGCUCGUCACCUUCGAUGAGGCGGUAGUAGAACACCUCAAGAAAGAGGGUGCUCCACAAUCUUCGAUUGAUGAGUACCUGGCCACGGUCAAGGCUGAUCCUAGCCUCUCACUCGCGAGGCGACGACAGGUCGCUGGCAAGUACACAAAAGAACCUGUUUUCUUCUCAUGGGAUAUCCCACGCACUCGCGAGGGCUUUUACCACUACAAGGCAGGCGAAGCCGCAGCAACAAAGCGUGCUAUGGCAUACGCUCCAUAUGCUGAUCUUUUGUGGGUUGAAACCGGCGACCCAAGUGUUGAGAAAGCGGCAAGCUUCGCAAGGCCCAUUCGCGAGAAGUUUCCGGGUAAGAAACUCGUGUACAAUCUGAGCCCAAGCUUCAAUUGGAUGAGUCAUGGAUUUACAGAGGAGACAUUAAAGAGCUUCGUCUGGGAUCUAGCUAAGGAAGGAUUCGUUAUGCAGCUCAUCUCCCUAGCAGGUCUGCAUUCGAACGCCACUAUCACUUGCGAACUCUCCAGAGCGUUCAAAGAUCAGGGCAUGCUGGCAUAUGUCAACCUUGUUCAAAGGAGAGAAAAGGAAAUCGGUUGCGAUGUCCUGACACAUCAAAAGUGGUCUGGAUCUGGCUUAAUCGAUGGUAUGAUGGGAGCUGUUCAAGCUGGCAGCAGUGGAAGCAAAAGUAUGGGCGAGGGAAACACCGAGAAUCAAUUCUGAUUGUGUAAUUUUGUUUGAAGAUAAAAUGUAGAUACCAAUAAAUUCCAGUGUACAAGUGCGAGGACAAUGGUAAUGUCCCGUUUCGCAAUUGUCUUCGGCUACAAGGAAUUCAGUGGACCACAUGGACUAGGCUAACAUGAAGGCAUUGUUGGAAAGAUAAUUGUUGCUGCCUCUCGAAGAUGAGGCUCAGUGGAGGCUCCAUACACAAGCGCAGGAUGAAGUUUCUCCGAAUUCGCAAAUGUUCUGCACACUACUGGAAUAUUAGCACAUAUGUGAACACACACUUAAAGGAGACUGACAGACAUAAUAGGAUAUAUCGUUUCUACGAUUCAUUUUGGCGUGCAGAACACACUGUCCAGGCAUUUU